CUGACUGUGGAACGCCUCUGAAGCUCUCGGUCUGUUGGAGCUCAGCGCACCGCGGAGCGCGCAGCUCCGGACGCACCUGAGCGGUCCGAGCCUAGCCGUGCGACCAUCAGCGAGCCGGGAACACCUGCUCUCCACAAAACACUCUCACACACACAUACACACGCACACAACACUCACUCCUCCGCAACAUCUGCCACGUCUCAGAUGGAGAGACUGACGGGCAGUCCGGCGGAGGAGCAGCCGCGUUUCUCCCUCUGUUGACGGAGCCUUCUCCAGCUUUGCCGCGCCGUUUCAGACCGGGACUUGGAGGAGAACAGAAACUCCACGCGGGGGGUGAGAGCUCAGCGGGGGGACUCCUUGCUGCCAUGUCCCGCACCAUCUGCGUGGACAACUUGAAGGCAUGCUGCGUGCUGCGGGGCGCGACGGGGCGGGCGAGCUGAAGCAGAUGGACACAAGCCCGGCGGCGCACCUGAGACGUGUUUUCAAACAUUUUCCAAACUCUGUGAAGCCAACCUCUCAACCCAUCGUGCAGGACAGGGUCCUCCAGCAGAGCUGCAGGGAUGUACCAGGAAGUAGCCUUCCUGGCAGGAAACACCGACCACCAGUUCACCCCCUUUCGCUUCAACCGAGUAGAGAAUCCACAGGAGGUCACGUCUAAGAAGGGUUUGUUCUACAAGCGAGCGCGGGUCCUGCUCCAGCCUCUGCCCCACCAGCCAGAUGGAGACGAGACCGGCCUGGCCGACAGGGCGGCCAUCAUCAACGUGGGGGGGAUCAAGUAUCACAUCCCCUGGUCCACGCUGGAUGAGUUCCCCCUGACUCGGCUGGGUAAGCUGCGCAGCUGCAGCAAUGAAGCUGAGAUCAUGGACGUGUGUGAUGACUACGACGGCAGCCGCAACGAGUAUUUCUUCGAUCGAAGCCCGUCUGCAUUUCGUAUCAUCGUGACUUUCUUGGCCGCGGGGAAGCUGAGGCUUCUGAGGGAGAUGUGUGCCUUGUCCUUCCAGGAGGAGCUUCUGUACUGGGGUCUGGAGGAGAACAACCUGGAGUGGUGCUGCCUCAGGAAGCUGCGCCUCCGACAGGAGGAGUACAAGGAGCAGCAGAGGCUGGAGGAGGAGGAGGCGGAGCUCACUGCGCCGCCAUCCUGCGAGGAGAGCCAACCGCCCCCGGCAGCACCUGAAGAGACCAUCAGAGGAGGCUGCAUGCGCCGGCUGAGGGACAUGGUGGAGAACCCACACUCGGGCCUACCAGGAAAAAUCUUCGCCUGUCUCUCAGUGUUGUUUGUUGCCAUCACUGCUGUGACGCUGUGUGUCAGCACCAUGCCUGACCUCCGAGAGGAGGAGGAGCGGGGUGACUGCUCCCAAAGGUGCAGGAACAUCUUUGUUCUGGAGACGGUCUGUGUUGCCUGGUUCUCCUUGGAGUUCCUGCUGCGCUUCAUCCAGACUCAGAGCAAAUGUGGAUUCCUCCGUACGCCUCUGAACGUCAUCGACGUGGUGGCCAUCCUGCCCUACUACAUCACCCUCAUUGUGGACUCUCUGUCUGUGGGAGGAAAACCAGCCGGCUCUGGGAACAACUACCUGGAGAAGGUGGGGCUAGUACUUCGAGUUCUCCGGGCUCUGCGGAUCUUCUACGUGAUGAGACUGGCUCGUCACUCAUUGGGCCUGCAGACGCUCGGUCUGACCGUGAAGAGGUGCACGCGUGAGUUUGGCCUGCUUCUCCUGUUUCUCUGUGUAGCCAUGGCUCUUUUUGCGCCGCUGGUGUUCCUUGCCGAGAGCGAAAUGGGCGCCAAGCAGGAGUUCACCAGCAUCCCCGGCAGCUACUGGUGGGCGGUCAUCUCCAUGACCACAGUGGGCUACGGCGACAUGGUGCCCAGGAGCAUCCCGGGCCAGGUGGUGGCGCUUAGCAGCAUCCUGAGCGGCAUCCUCCUCAUGGCGUUUCCCGUCACGUCCAUCUUUCACACGUUCUCCCGCUCGUACGUGGAGCUGAAGGAGGAGCAGAGCCGAGCUUUGAGGCAGAAGCUGGACUCGCAGGACAGCACCAAGUCCCAGAACAGCGAGGACUCUCAGGAGAUGGACAGCUAUCAUGACAUCCCAGAGGUCACAGCGGCUGCUGUACAGCGGCGGAAGUCCCUGGCUGCUCAGAGGGCGGCUGACAUCAGGGCGUCCAUGCAAACUUAAGAUGGAAACAGAGUCGUUACUUGUCGAUACUUUCUGCUUUGCCAUUGACAUUUAUUUAAUCCUUUUUACCAAUCCACUAAGGUCCGCCAACCUUGGUGAACUUGUGUGUGCAGAUUUUUGUGACCACUUUGACUGUGGCAUCAAAGAAUCAACGAACAGAAAAAAGUUGCAAGAGCAGAAAAACAACACAGAUGCUUGUUUUAAGGAAGUACUGUGUGAAGAGACUUACUGCUAUGAAUGUUUGGAUAAUAUCACUCAGGGACCACAAGGACACAAAAACUGCAUCUAAAGGGUACCACAUACUCAGGCGUACUGUGUGCGGUCCGUGAGCCGCGCAGACUCCGCGCAUAUUGUCCGUGGAUGUUUGAGACUUCAUACUCGAGCGUACUGACCGCCGGACAAAUUCUUUAAUUUUUCACAAUUUUGAUCAUGAUGUCAAGGAUG